CUACAUCGAGAUGAAAACUACAGUGCCCUGUUUCCCCUAGGAUUUUACAUGGAGAUAGCCACUGUCUCUGAAUCAGGAAGACGGUGUGUCAACAUACCCCACUUGAAGUGAUUCAUACCCACCGGGGAGUGCAAUAAUGCAGGUGUGCUGGCUAGUGAGGAAAGAUAAAUGCUGUCAGCGAAUCAAACUGCCACACUUAAAAACAGUAGUGAUAGGGCGUGGCCCAGAGACAGAGAUAACAGACAAGAAGUGUUCACGGCAACAAGGGAGAAGAAUAUUAGCAACACCUGUUGACACAACUUUAAUACAGAAAUCUGGGAUUUCAGAAAAUGUGAACUCAAAACAAGUGCAGCUAAAAGCGGACUGUAAUAAAGGGUAUGUCAAGAUCAAACAGAUGGGAGUUAACCCAGCCAGUGUUGAUUUGGUGGAUAUUGGGAAGGAUGAAGAAGUGAAGCUGAAGCCAGGACAGGUUCUACAUCUUGUGAAUAAACUUUACCCCUAUACUAUACAAUUCUUGGAAGUCACAGGGGUGUCUGGCGCACGAGCAGAAGGGAAGACAAAAGCAAACAAGAGGCCAUACGUAGACUCUGGGAAUAGUAACAUGAAAAACAUGUCUGAAAAAAGUAUGAAAAUGGAGCAAUCAGACUUGCAAGAUGGUAGUUCAAGCUGCAAGCCAAACAAUACCAGCAGUUCUUCCUCCUCUCCCCAUGACAGCUCUUCCAGCCACAAGGAACAUUUAGGACAUUGGAGUCAAGGUCUGAAGAUCUCUAUGCAAGACCCAAAAAUGCAGGUUUACAAAGAUGAAAGGGUUGUAAUCAUUAAGGAUAAAUAUCCCAAAGCUCGUUACCACUGGCUAAUCUUACCCUGGGACUCCAUCUCCAGUCUAAAAUCAGUAACAAAAGAGCAUCUUGAAUUACUAGAACACAUGCAUGCUGUUGGGGAAAAGCUGAUCCAACAAUGCCUGGAUAAAGAUCGCUUGGAGUUCAGAUUGGGUUACCAUGCAGUUCCCAGCAUGAGUCAUGUACAUCUCCAUGUAAUCAGCCAGGAUUUUGAUUCCCCUUGCCUCAAAAACAAAAAGCACUGGAAUUCUUUUACUACAGAAUACUUCUUAAACUCUCAAGAUGUGAUAGAGAUGGUAAAGACCAAAGGAAAAGUUCUGGUUAAAGAUGGGACUUCUGAGCUCCUCAAGUUGCCCCUCAGAUGUCAUGUGUGCAAGCAACACCAGUCUACCAUCCCACAGCUAAAGGAACAUCUCAAGAAACAUUGGCCAAAGUAACUGUAAAAAUCACUCUGAAAUCUGAUCAGUCUAAGGCUAAAAACAAUCCCCCAAAACUUUUUGUCAAGUUGCAUAGACUUUUGUUUUAGCUGAAUUACAAAUUCAACACUGGAAAGGUUCCUCGCUAGUACAAAAAGCAUACGACUGACACUUUUGUAACAACUUUUCAGAAGACAAAUAAAGCAGCCUCAAGUUCA